GCGUCACGCGGUCUCCCCACGUUAGGUACAGUGUUCCUGCAAAGACUAGCUCCUUCUUGUAAGAAAACAAGGUUAUAUAAACACACAACAAUCAACAACACCAACUCCCUCACAAUCAAAUCAAUCUUACUCACCUAUACAUAAACAAAGCGAUCCGACUCUCAUCUUCACUUUCUAUUUCAGUCUCAUCAAGGAUACUAUACAGAGAUGGCAGAUGCAAUUGAAAUUAACUUGGAAGGCGAAGAACAUGUAGCAAAAGAAGAAAUUUAUGUUAUGGUUGAGAGCAAGACCAAAAAUCCCACUGAAACAAAGAAAGAUAAGACUGAGGUGGAACUUGAAGUGAAGCCCAAGUCUCUUGACACAGAUGGGUCAAAACAAAAGGAAGAGAAACAGAAAGAGCACAAGGACAUUGAAAUUAAGAAGGAAAAGAAGGGCAAAGAUGAGGAGACAGAGAAGCUGAAGGACCAUGAGGAGGCUGGUAGCGGUAAAAAAGACAAAAAAGAAAAAAAAGAUAAAGAAGGCAAAGAUAAAUCGAAGAAGAAGAAAGAUGAUGUGGGAAAAUCAGAGGAAGAUAAGGAGGAGAAGAAAAAGAAAAAAGACAAAAAGAAGGAAGCAAAGGACAGUAAGGAUACUGCAGUGAAGGAAGAGGAGCAUGAUGAAGGAAAAAUGAAGCAAGCAGAUGAACAAAAAGAAGAAUCAAAAGAUGAGUCGAAGAAGAAAGAAAAGAAAAAGGAUAAAGAAAAGGUCAAAGGCAAGGAGGAGAAAGACAAGGAUGAUACUAAUGACGAAUCUCUGGAUGCAGAAGAUGUAGAGAAGAAAAAAAAGGAGAAAAAGGAGAAGAAGGGCGGAAUGGAAGAAGAGAAAGAGGGGAAGAAGAAAGACAAAAAAGAGAAAAAGGGGGGAAAGGAUGAAGAAAAAGAAGGGAAGAAGAAGAAAGAAAAGAAAAAGGAAAAUGAUGAAAAUGAGGUUGAAGGUAAGGAUGAAGAGAAAGAAGAGAAGAAGAAAGAAAAGAAAAAGGAAAAAGAUGGAAAUGAGGUUGAAGGUAAGGAUGAAGAAAAAGAAAAGAAAAAGAAGAAGAAAGAAAAUAAAAAGGAAAAUGAUGAAAAUGAGGUUGAAUGUAAAGAUGAAGAGAAGGAAAGGAAGAAGAAAGAAAAGAAAAAGGAAAAAGAUGAAAAUGAGGUUGAAGCCACCUCGAGGGAGAUAAAGAUGGAUGACAGUGAGGAGAUGCCUGAGGGAGAAACUGAGAAAAAAGUGGAGGAAGAGAUCGAGGAAGGUAAGGAUAAGAAAGGAAAGGAAAAAAAGAAAGAUAAAAGUGAGAAAAAAAUAAAAAAAGAGGGCAAAAACAAGGGGAAGGAUCCCGAAAAGCUCAAGUCGAAGUUAGAGAAGAUAAAUUCCAAAAUUGAAGUGCUCCUUCAAGAGAAAGCAGAAAUCCUGGCGCUGAUUAAAGAGAGUGAACAGGACAGUCAUGUUCCUGCAUAGAGUCUUCAAGAGUCUAGUUUUGCAUACUAAAUUUUUUUACAUGUUUUCAUGGAGAGAGUAUACGAGAAAUAAGUUGUGGUGUGCUUGUAAUAACAUCUUUAAGAAGUAGUAUGCUUAUCCAAACCUUAUGCUGUCCAUUUUGUGUGAUGGAAGCAGUUAACUUCUGAUACAUGUUUGUACUUUAUCAUGUUUACCAAAUUUUAUAAUUAAUGUUUCUUAUCAAGA